CAUCCACCACAAAACCUUCCUCCCCACAGGAUUUCCAAUCAAGAAUUACAACUACAGCCCAUUCCGACAUUGCAAGAUCAUAGUCCCUGAGAAAGUAUGAAUCUUCAAAGCAAAUCCAUCUUGGGUUUUUGCUUCCUGCUCCUUGCUCUGUCCAUCUUCUCCAUCCCUGUGUCAGUUUCAGCUCAAGAAGUUGAGAAUGAGAGAGAGUUUGAUUACCUGGAGAACAGUGGGAAGGGGCCAGCACACUGGGGAGAUCUGAAGAAAGAAUGGGCGGCUUGCAAGGUUGGAGGUUUGCAAUCACCCAUAGAUCUGUCACACCAGAGAGUGAAGAUGAUCAGAAAGUCAGGGGAGUUGAAGAGGAAUUACAGGCCCUGUCAUGCCAUUCUCAAGAACAGAGGCCAUGAUAUCGCGUUAGAAUGGGUGAAUAAUGAUGCUGGAUCAAUCAAGAUCAAUGGCACUGAAUACUUUCUCAAACAAGGCCACUGGCACUCACCAUCUGAGCACACCCUCAAUGGCAGAAGAUAUGCCUUGGAGCUACACUUGGUACAUACGAGUUCAGACCCUAAGGUGAAGAACAAUAUAUCUGUUAUAGGAGCCUUGUACAAGUUUGGAGAGCCUGAUGCUUUUCUUUCCAAGUUGAUUAGCAAUAUCAGUUCCAUGAAUGAUCACGUGCAAGAAAGAAAGAUGGGGGUGAUCGAUCCCACCAAGAUCAAGUUGGGUGGCAGGAAGUAUUACAGAUAUAUGGGUUCCCUCACUGUUCCUCCUUGUACAGAACGUGUCAUUUGGACUAUCAAUAAGAAGAUAAGGACUGUUUCAAGGGAACAAGUUAAGGUACUCCGGAAAGCUGUACAUGAUGUAAGUAGAUGUUGAUACAUCCUAUGUCAGAUAACCAAAUUCUAGCAAAGAGCAUAUAGUAUUUGAAAUGAGCGAUUUUGGGCAUAUCUGAUGUUAGGUAAUGGAAUGAUUUUCAGUAUGCAGAGAUGAAUGCAAGACCGGAACAACCCCUCAAUGGUCGCCAGAUACAACUUUAUGGUCCAAAUCGAAGAGAUGUACCUAACUAGAGAAUACCCGUAGAGUGUGUUAACAGUAGAUGAAAUCAAAUUCCCUCCCACCCAUAGGGGAGAAGGACCGAUGUGUAUACUCUGUUGUGAGAGUUUUUCAUAAUUGAACUGGAGUGAUCAGUUUGUCAAUCCAUUUUCCUUCCUACCAAACUUUUUAUGAUUGUUUUAAAAAAAAAAAAUUGAUGAA